CAGUAAUUUUGUAUUUAUUAUCCUUCUUAUCGAUAAAGUGAAUGAAAACUAUACUAACAUUCUUAAAUUAAAUAAAUUUCAUUGCUUUGAGUUGAAUGUGCUGCCGCUAGUGCUUAAACAAUUAGAAAAAUCAUAAAACGUUUCAUCCUUUAUCUAGUAGGAGUAAAAUCUAAUAGCGAAGGACACAACAACAUCCGGUUCCGGUAGAAUUUGUACGUGGCUACUUGAGCCGUGAGAAUACACGGAAAAGUAGCCGACAUGGCAAAACAGAAUGAAUUGAUGGACAAGGCUGAAGACGUUGCUGACCAGGUGUUGAGGCAUUCAAAACAUUUUCUACCUCAUGUGGCGAGGUUCUGUCUCAUCAGCACUUUUCUGGAAGAUGGCAUCCGCAUGUGGAGUCAGUGGGGAGAGCAGAGAGAUUACAUGAACAUUUCCUGGGGGUGUGGCUACUUCCUAGGGACGGUGUUUGUAAUUGUGAACCUGAUAGGUCAGUUGGGAGGAUGCAUUAUGAUCCUUAGCCGACAGAAAGUGGCCAUCGGGUGUGGAAUUCUGUUCUUCAUUAUUGGGCUACAGACCAUUGCUUACAGUAUUCUUUGGGAUUUGAAAUUCCUCCUGAGAAACCUUGCCUUAGCAGGAGGUGUGUUACUCCUUUUAGCAGAAAACAAGGCUGAGGGCCGUAGCCUGUUUGCGGGUCUUCCCUCCCUCGGUGAAAACAACCCAAAACAAUACAUGCAGCUUAGUGGAAGAAUUCUCCUCGUGCUGAUGUUCCUUACCCUUCUGAGAUUUGAGGCAGACUUUUUGCAAAUCACUCAGAACCUAGUGGGAACCGCUUUGAUAAUCCUUAUCGCAGUGGGCUACAAAACAAAGUUGUCCGCUCUUGUGUUGGUCGUCUGGCUUACAUGUCUUAAUUUAUACUUCAAUGCUUUCUGGAAUAUCCCAUCCUAUAAGCCAAUGAGAGACUUCCUUAAGUAUGACUUCUUUCAAACGCUGUCGGUAAUAGGCGGACUUUUAUUGGUCGUGGCUUUUGGCCCAGGGGGUGUAAGCAUGGAUGAGCACAAGAAAAAAUGGUAACGCGAAAGAGUUGGACACAUUUUGAGAGUUGUCUUACAUGUGAGUGGUAAUAGUGUUAUUGUAUAAACUGUUUAACAAUCAAUCUACCUACAAUGUAGUAUUUUAACAGUUAUUAAAGAUUGAGUAAAGUGCAGUGCUUCAGUUUAUAACGUUCUACCAAAUAGUAGUUUCUACAUCCAUCAUGUACAAGGACUCAUGUGCAAUUAGAUAAGACUUAGCAUUUUGACAGUUUUUCUUUCACAUAUAUUCUUUCUAAUUAAAAUUUUAUUUUACAAUGUUGAAUGAUAGUUAGCUGAACCUUGGAUGAUUUUGAUAUGUUUAAGAAAAGAAGUCUAGUAAUUUAAGAGCCCUCUUUUGGGCAUCCGCUGCUGUAGAAUUUGUGACAUAAUAAGUUCAUUACAUUUAUGUUACAUUGUAAUAUACAAGAACAUAACUACAGAAUUCAGAUUUGUUUUCUUAUGAUUUAUCUGCAUUAAUUGUUCAUCUUAUUAUUUUCUUACUAUAUCAUAAUGUUGUUCACUUUUGUUUCUCUAGUUCGUUACAAGAAUUACUUCAUUGAAAUAAUUAUGUUCAUUUAAAUAAGUGAUUCAAGCAUGCAUGGAUAAAUGCUUUUGCAGUUGUUUUAUUGUGUACCUGUAGUUUGUUGUGUUUCAAUAUACAAAAUGUACCAGAAUAGUGGCUAUCAUUAUCUGUUUAUCUUAGCUUGAUUUGUAAUGUUAGGAAUAGUUUUUAAGACAUCUCAUUUUUUUCAAGUUAUUGUUUGUGCCAAAGAAAACAAAGUGAUUGGGAAGUGCUCUCUUUAAAGUGCUUUAUUAGAAGAAAAUGAACGUUAGAUAUCAUAUCCAUGUAGUUAUCCAAGGCUUAACAGAACAUCUCUUGAUUCAAGCCAUACAGUGUGUUUUCUUGUGAUCUAAAGAAAAUCUUUUAUUGAAUAAUAGUUUGCACCUAAGUUCAAGUUCUGUUUGUUUUUCUCUUCCUUACAAUCUGUGUUAUGUAUACUUAAGGACAAAAGUUUGGCACGGUUUGUUUAAUUCAUGAGAAUUUAUGGUUACAAUGUUACAAGUUGUGCUGAUAAUUAUGAUGCUGUUUCUUUAGAACAAUGAAAAACAAGAGGUAAAAAACCUUGCGUAGUUUUUUGGUGGGACAUAAUGGUUUUAUUGAUAUUUUCAAGACCAUGUCCAAAACCAGUCAUCAAAAUCAGACUUUUGGAUGAACAAGCCCGAAUUCUUAUACUAUUGCUUGGAUAAGAAUUUUUUUAACAAGCCCUGCUAUAUAAAAUUCAGAAUUUGAGUAAGCCCGAAAGACAUUUUACCAGUGCUGGGCUUGUUAAUUUCGACCACUGCAAAACAAUUGAAAAUCUGAAUGUGCGCCAUAGUUACAUUAUUAUUUAAAAAGGAGAUGUCUAUUCCCAUGUUUACCUGGUAAAUAACAUUUAAAAGUAUUCGCAUCAUAAGUUUACGAUUUAUAACACAAUUUUGCUCAAUUUGUUCGAAUUGCUUUGCGCAUGGUCUAAUGGCCACGGUUUUGACAUCUAUCCAUCAAGCAUUUCCCAACUUGCCAUAUUGUCAUAAUGUCAUAAACAUGUUAGGUCAUGUAAGUGGACAUUCAAGGUCUUUGAUACUUAUACAGCUGUGACUCCAACUGUUGAAUUGCCUUAUUUGAGAGGGCCAGGGAUUAAUCAACCCUAAUGAUUUGAUGUUGAUUGGUACCAACAAUUAUUAUAAUGAAAAUCUGUGUAAAACUUUUGUCCUUAAGUAUAUUCUUCAAAGAAAAACUAUUUUUUAUUGAUUUCAUGUGUUAUUUAGCCUGCACAUUUCAUUUACAAUGAUGAAGGUGCUAUUAUUAUUAUGUCAUAUCAUUACUGUUUUAAUAAAUAUUAUUAGGUUCAAAGGGUGGUUUGGAGAUGGUUCUUGUUCAUGUAUUUGUUUGGAUUUCAAUAUCAUAUUGUCCAGAUGGGUAUGAUUUGUGUUAAGUUAGUUAAAUAACAUAAGAUUAAUUUUGUUAAGUCAUGGGACAUAACAGUUUUUCAGAAGGUCAGGGAUGUGAUUUCAACCCCUAUGACCUCCAUUGGGGACCCAAAGUGCCUCCAAAACCCAUCUCUGAAAUGGUUUCAGCCUAUUAGCUGACUGAUCAAUUACAUUGUAGAGCUUUAAAUAAUUCAAGUGUAACUACAGAGAGAUCUAUAUGCCAUAUGACUCAUAUCUAUAAUAUGUAAUGAUAAUACACAGGUUCUAACAAGCUGUAAGGUUUGAACUCUGUUCCAAAUACUCAUUCCUGAAGGACAAUAUUAUCCCCGGUGCUAUGUUGUGGUGUUUUUCUGGAAAAAUGCAAUAAAAAAUAGUAUGAAAUGCCUAGAUAUGAUAUGUAUGACUUUGGAAAGAGUUACAAAAUGGAGUAUUAUAUAAGCCACUUAACACUUCUUUGGGCCUGAAUUUCUCAUACUUCACUAAUUUUUUAGGAUUAUGGUGUUUGUUGUUUUUUCAUUCCUGAACACACAAAAGGAGAUCUUGAGUGUACAAGAACUGUUUCGUAACCACCCUUUAAAAUGUUAGAAUUCAUUCAGUCUUACAUUCAAUAUUUCCAUUUUAUAAUUCCUGGUAAUGUGAUUCAUAUCUUUCUGAAAUGGUAUAAAUGUGGUUGAAUGAAUACAUGAUUGUGUUGUAAGAAAAAUGUGAAAAUCUCCACUUGACCAAAUUUGUGUGACAUACUAAACCUAUUCUUUGUUAAUUCCUCCAUUUUUUGGGGGUAUCUCAUAAAAGCAGCUUGAAUUCUGCAAUGAAUGUUUUAAUAACAUAAAUAAAUUUAAAGAGAACUAACAGAAAGAUAUUUUAUACUAUAUACGAUUUUGUAAAUAAUCAAUAAUAUUUUAACAGUAGUUUUCGAUUUGUUGAUAUUAUUUGUUUACAAGCUUGUAUACUUAAUGAAUGGUGAUGGUUUCUUGAUUAUGGAUUUGGGCAUUUCUUUAGAAAUACAUGUACAAUUAUAAAGUUUAAAGUUUAAUUUCAUGCCAAAAACUGAUUGAAAUUGCAAAUUUUGAGCAUUUUGUACAACAAGAAACACUUGAGAAAAAAUAUUAUAUUCAUAUUUGAGACAUUUCUUUGGUCUUUUUAACAUCAAUAGUUUGUGUAAUUUUUCAGCAUAACCUUUUUAUAUCAAUUGGGCAGAAAUUAUUUCUGGAAUGAAAGAAAUUUGUUUGAAUGUACAUUUCAUUUUUUUGAAUUUUUUUUUUUUUUGCUUAUCUUUUUUGAUAAAAGAAAAAAAUGUGUUAUUUUGAUUGCCUUGGUGUUGUCAUCGUUGCCGUGUAUUUUCUUUAAACUUUGACCAUAGUUUAAAAAUAUCCAUGGUAUCAAAACGCUCCCAGAAACAAUUUGUCAGGGAAAGGGAAAUAACUCUGACUUGAAUUAUUAUUAAGUUAUGUCCCUUGUAUAAUACAAUAAUGGAUGAGUGAGAGCAUUUGGUGUUUGCUCCCCAACGCUCUUGUAUGAUCAUUAUAUUGUUCAAUUUCUAGUCCAGCUUUGUAAAAAGUUUGUUUUAUUUAUAAGAAAGACAAAAACUCGAUAUUCUUAAACACAUUGAUUUAUAAUCGACAAUAUAUGAGCUUUCCUUGGUUUUAUAUCCAUUUCCAUGUAUGAGACAACUAUGUCUUGUUUAUAGUAUCCAUGAAUACCGAACAGAGCUGGAAUUCAUAAAACAUUUAAGUAACUUCCUAACUUAAGUCAUUUUUUAAGAUAAGUGUCUGACUUGUUAUUUAUAUAAUAGCCUCAUAAUAUCUGAACUAUUCUAUUAUUCAUUGAUUUUAUUGAAUAUACGUAUGUAAUAUUGCAUAUUUAUUCAACUUUCACGUUAUAAUCACUUAUACUUUUCUUUUCAUAUGACUUCAAACAUUUAGGAAAUCGACUUAAGCUAAAAAAUGACUUAAGAUGUUUGAUGAGUGGCCAACUCCUGAGUAUUUAUUGACAUAAACUAUACAUAGUUUCUCGUCAUUAGAAUUAUAUAUAAAUUAUAAACAUAUUUUCCACACAAGUGUUUAUUUCACUGUACGUGUUGAAGAUCAGCCUUGUAUGAUUUGAACAGAAAUUUUAAGUGUAUGAAAUAUUUUGAUGUAUUCAAUGUAUGUUAAUUUUAAAGUGUUAAUGAGGCUGCAUGUUGUCAUCAGUGAUGUAAAAUAAUAAUAUUGCAUGUGUUUGAUGUAAGCUUAAAAUCCAAAUAAAGUACAUACUGAA